AUGGCCUUACCGAGAACCUUGUCCAAGCCCAUACGAGCACGAAUCGAAAAUGUCGUAUUCCAGUCCGCAAUCAUCGCCCUUGUCCUGAACUACCUCCCUCGUCUCUCCGAAUACAUACCAUAUGGCUUCUCUAGACAGGCGCUGUCUGCGAUUCCUCUUGCAAGGAAGUUGCUGAAGAUUCUGUGGGGGUUCGCUAUUGUCAAGAACCUAAGUGGAAUUGCGUCCCACGUAGCUCUUAACUCAUGGAAGACGAAUGAAUGGAAUGACGAACAAGAAAUCGUGGUGGUGACGGGAGGUUCAAGUGGUAUUGGUGCCUUGGUGGUUCGCGGAUUUGCUGAAAGAGGCGCGAAAGUUGCGAUUUUGGAUCUGCAAGAACCAAAAGAGUCGUUAGGUCCAAAUAUAUCAUUCUAUAAGUGCGACGUUACGUCCUCUUCUGAAAUCAGCAAAGUCGCGACCGAAGUUCGAUCGAAAUUUGGCGACCCAACCGUUUUAAUCAAUAAUGCUGGGAUUGGUUUCGCAGAGACAAUACUUGGAGGAACGGAAGCACAUCUUCGAGCCACGAUGAAUGUCAAUCUGCUCUCGCACUUCCUUAUGGUGAAAGAAUACUUGCCUUCCAUGGUAAAGAGAAACAAGGGACACGUGGUAACGGUUGCAAGCAUGGCAAGUGUGGUGACAAUCGCUUCGAACGUGGAUUAUUCUUGUACGAAGGCGGGUGUGCUUGCGUUCCACGAGGGCUUGAGACAGGAACUCGACUACAGAUAUAACGCAAGGCUUGUAAGGACGAGCAUAAUACAUCCAACUUGGGUGCGCACACCAUUGACUGCUCCAAUGGGCGGGCACUCAGAUGAGUUAACAAAGGGUAUACUCGAACCUGAAGUGAUUGCAGAUGCGAUAGUUUCUCAAGUUGUGAGCGGUUACGGAGGCCAAAUAUUCUGCCCACCAAAUUUAAGCCUCAUGAGCGGCAUUCGAGGAUUUCCACAUUGGUUGCAGGAGUCUAUCAGGGGAGCACAAAAAAAUGUGCUUCAACUAUAA